CUGGGUCUUCUGCGAGGACUUUAGGGAUCUGAAACUUGCCAUCGGUAGAUUGCGGCUGCCGUGACAUUCCUCCCCCUCACAACAGUGCGAUCAAAUUCAAGCGCGCUCUGUCUGCAUGAGCAGGUCGUCAAACGAAUUGAGAAAGACCUUCCGACGCGAAAAUACGGGUAUCGAAACGAAAAAAUCACCAUAAAUCGCCAGAAUGAGUGUCAGCAUGGACACGACAGAGUCCAAUUAUCCUCCCGAAACGGAUAGUAGUGGUACUGUCACAUCCUACAUGCCACUCACCUCAGUAUGGACGGCUUCCUCGGGAUGUGAAAGCAAGUUUCGCCUUGAUGGACCUAGUCUUAUGGCCUGGGACCCUGGAUAUAUGCUUGACAUAGAUACCAAUGCUCGAUGUUGCCCGCCUCAGAUGGUGACUUGGUGGGAACAAGCCCUACUCGGUGUCGGAGGUCAAUAUCACACAGAGAUGGAGAUUGGGCCGUUCACUGGACCGGAAUCCUGGCCAACGGUCGCAUCAUCAAUAAAGAAUGAAUACAGCACGCUAUGGAUGUGUUGCCCAUCAGGUUACUUCCUAUCUCAGGGAACAGUCGGACAGGUAACUGGAAGGUGCAUGUCAAGCGUUUAUUCCGGGCAGACUUUGACAUACGGAUCAACGCCAUUAAGUGACCAUACAGCAUGGGCAAUGGCAACAACGACAUUGACAACGGAUUCGACCGUUGGGGCAAUCGAUAUAGUUGGCUGGGAGAUAAAGUAUCCCGUCACGGCCACAGCAACAGCCACGUCUACGUCAACGGCGACCGCGUCCACCACCUCAUCCACCUUAAUUUCGGUUCCAUCAACAGCAGAGGACAAUACUUCAACUUCUGGGAAUACCCUGAGCACUGGUGCGAAAGCUGGAAUUGGCAUUGGUGUUGGGGUGGGUGCAGUGGGCAUAAUCGCUCUGAUCCUGGCUUUAUUCCUUUUUAACCAGCGGAAACGACUCGCCAUAAACAGUCAGCAGCCGGUCGCUGCAUACGCAUACUAUCCGCCAUUUGCAAGGAAUGCGAAGCCCGCUGAGCUACCAGGGUAUAGGGGUAUGCCUGGUGAUGCAUGGGCUUCCUCACCUGUGGAAAUGGGCGAGAGGUGAAUAUAAUAAAGUUCUACUUGAAUUCGCACAUUCUUCUCUCUUUCUAUAUUUGUACAUAUUUAUCACCUAUUUUUUUUGGGUAGCACGAUAAUAG